UUCCGGGAGCCCAGACCCCCAGACGGAGCUGAAGGACCGGUCCCGGGACACAGGUGUCAUCCCAGGGCAGCCCGCGGCGCCUCCCAGAGGAAAAUUGCGGGUUCCCGGCCUUCCACACCCACCCUGGUGGGAAAGAUUCCUUCCUCCAAGUGACUAUCCUAUUAAUCAGACCUGCUGCGCCCCUGCCGCUGUCCUGCGCGCCGACUUGAGAUCUGAUGGGGAUCCGGCGCUCCCCCAAAGUAACCCAGCUUGAACCUCGCAAGAAUGCCUCGUCGUCUCGCCCCGGGACACUGUCAUUCCCACUUUACAGACAAAGAAGCCGAGACACGGCAGGACCCGAGUUCCACCUCACCGCUCCCGCCGGUUUCUCACCCCUUUACUUCUAGUGGGUAAAACAGGCGCGCACGAAUCUUAAACUGUAAAAAGCCAAAAAGAAACGAGGGCCGGGGAGGAGGGUCCACGCGGACGGCGCCAAGCUGCUUUUCAGGGACCAAAGCUCUGCUCAGGAUCAGGGGUGGCAGGUGCCUCUGCCGAGGCCCGGGGUUCAAAACCCUCCGGGAGGAUGGCACUGGUCCUGGCCAACAGGGGGCCCCCGAGGCUGGCCGCCUUCCCCCUCCGUGGCCGGCCGGCCCGCGCGGUGCGGGAGGUGGGGGUGUCGGUCGCUGGCGGGGCGCGGCUUCCGAGGGCUGGGCAGCGAGGCCGCCGGGUGGCAGACUCCCGCUGGACACUCUCGGGCGCCUGGGCGCACCACCCGGGAGCCUCGGGCUCCCCUCCUCGGCCCCACCGCGAACCCAGACACUCCUCCCGGCGCCGCGGCGCAGACUCACCCGGGCCGCUGCGGCUCCGGCUCGGUCUCUGCCCUGCGGCCCGGGGCUGGGGGGCUCCGCGACACCCCCAGCCCGGGCUGCCUCCUCGGGGACGCGGCGAUCGCUGGCAGGGGACUCUAGCGAGCCUCGAUCGGGGGAGCGCAGUGCGGAGACGGAGCGUCGCCGGCUCCGGGACCGGGAUGGGGACGCAGGAAGCGCGGCCCGGGAGCGCGGAGAGCAGGAGGGAGGGACCGCGGGCGGCGGAGGGCGGCGCCGGCUCCGAGUGGCCUCCGGCCGCGAGAGGCGCCGCCCACCAGCCGACCCUCCCUCCCGGCCUCCGCGCCACCCUAGACCCGGGCCCGCGACCUCGCCGCGGAGGGCGGGCAGCAGCUCUCUCGACUGGGGCGCGAGCUGAGGGUGCAGGGCGCCGGCGCUGCGCCCACGUCCCCCGGACCCCGCCGGAGUCAAUAAACCGGGUGGAGGCAGGGAGGGAAGCGCGCCCGGACCGCCCCUCUCCCUGGGAAGGGCGGCGGGUCUGGGUGGGUGGGGGUCUCGAGGCCCGGAGCCCGCGGCAUUUAUGGCCUGGGUUUACGUGGAUCUGGGGACACUCCCCCACACCCCACCAGGGGCGGUGUCCCUGCGCCUUCACCUGGCCGAAAACUCACCUCUCCUCCUUCUCCGGGAGGCCGCUGCCUGGCUCUCCACCCUCGGGCCCGCGGGUUCAGGGCCGGCGGGUUCAGCCACAGCCGAAGUCUGGCGAGGUGAGCGAAGGGCGGAGGUAGUGAAGGAGGAAGCGAGUUUUUAAAAAGCGAGUCAGCUCACGCCUUCCGUAGGGCUCCCCACCCACUCCUGGGUGGCCCGGGCACCCUCGGUAUCGCGCGUCGAGCCCAGCCUGGGUGGAGCCCAUUUCGGGUUCCUGCAUCCGAGCCCGGGACUCUCCCCUGCCGGGGCCCAUGCCCAGGUCUGCAGAGAACUUUCCUAGCGAAUCACCGGCGGCUGUCUCCCGUCCCGUGGGUGACGGACGGGUGGCCCGCCUCUGCACGGAACCAGGAAGGUGAGCCCGAACACCGCGCGCAGCCUCUCACCUGCGCUGCAACCCCGCCCUCUGCCUGCAAGUCGGCUCUGGAAGCGGUGCCAGAACUAGGGUGGGUGGGUCCCGGUCCCGGCCAGACCGCCCGAAACGUGGAUUCCAAACGCCGAGGGAAGAGCUGGCCCGGCUCCCCUCCCAAUCUUCGGCUGUUUUGAAUUCCAGCAGAGGUCGGGCCAGGGUCCCCUCCUCGGGUGAACGUCCAACUCUUUGAAGUUCAAACCCUGAGAAGCCCAGAGCCAGCUGGCGGGUGUCUGAGAAGCCAGCCGAGGCUGACAAGGCGCCUCCUACUGGGAAUCCUUGUCUCCAGGAGGAGCGCACAGCGCCGGCAGCCAGCCAGUCAGCCUCCACCAUCGCCAUCCAGGCCGGAUCCCACCGUGGACACUCAAGGUGUCCAGGAGUUCCUGGGCACAGAGCGUCCACUUGCACUUACCUAAAGAGUUGUAACAAGUGCUCCCCCUACAUUGUUGCUUCUUGAUCAGUAACAGUUCAGUAGGACCCUGGUGUCCAUAAAAAGACAAAUUUGGGGAGCAAAAAAGCAUUUGGGGAAACAACCAAAGCCUUACUGUGAACCAGGCAUGGGCUGGCCACGGGCUUCCCUUGAACCAUCUCCUUUCAUCCUGGUAACAAUCGGGGAAGUGGUUACUGCUUAUGUCCACUUUCCAGAAGAGAAAGCUGAAUCAUUUUUCAAUGUCACACAGCGGGGGACUAUAGGAUCUAGAUUCAAGUGGGUCCACUCCAGAGCCUGUGCCCUGCUUGCUACAGGACAAUUCAUCCUGGGCAUGUGCUUCCUGCUGAGAGCUUCCCCUUCCCCUUCCCUGGCCCCCUGAAAGUGCUUGAUAAAUAUUUGUUAGAUGAAUCAAAACCCCAAAUAAAAACAUCUUUUUGCAAGUGAGAACCCUUUAUGUAAGCCGCUGCCUGUAAUAACGCUCUCUCAUCCAGAGCUCUGUGUAUUCAUCCCAACUUUCAGACAAUGAAUUUGGGGACUUUCCCAGGUUCCAAAAGAGGGGCAGGAACAGUCUCUAGGCUCUCAGAUAAGAUCAGGAUUCGGGUUUUCAUUUCACUCUCUGAGACUGACUAACCUGAAAGCAAAGAGAGUUGGUACUUUUCCACCCCAGGAUCCACUCCCAGGCCCGCCCCGCUCUGCUGCAGACCCAACCAGGCAGAUCCUGCCUAUCAGAAAAUCAUCUUCCAGUGUUCCUUCCAGCAGCCUCACCCUGGCUGGUCUGAGCAGAGGCUGGAGAAUUUCACAAAGUUGACCCGCAGGCAAAACUGAGAAGCUGGCGGAAGAAGCUGGUGGCUCCUUACCAUGCUCCUCUGGAGGGACCUCAGGAUCAACAUGGGGACCAGAUGAAGGCAGGAAGCGCCUUGUGAGUGGGCUGGCGUUGUCUGAACUUGGGUCAUUUGGAGCACGCAUCUGCCAGUUCUGAAAUCGAGGAUUCUAAGAGGAUUGACCGCUGUUCUGGCAUGCAUUUUUAUUCACUCUGGCUGAGUGGACAAGUCACUUUUAAAGAAUUAAAUUGUGCCUGGUCGGUGAUUAAAUCCAGUCAUGCCACUGAUUUUUCAGGCAUGCUGGCAGGAAUGAGGCCAGCAAGUCUACUGAUGAGAAUACAUUGUCGUGUCGAAUAAGCCAUUCAUGUCCUAAAGGACGUAUGGGCUUAAGGGCAUUUCCUAUGGGUAAUGGUCAAGCAUCACCACCCACCUUGGUGCCCACCACUAGAAAAUAUGCUAGGUAAAUUAUGGUUUGAGCCAGUGCCAGAAUGCUACACAGUCAUGAAAAAGGUGAAGCCAUCUGACAUGGAAGAAUGGUGUCCAAGAAGAGUCAUUAACUGAGAAAGCAAGAGGUGAAACAUUAUGAUGCUACAUAAAUGACAUUUUGAAAGGAUGUGGACACAUAUGAAUUGGAUUAUGCAUAGAAAGUGCAAUGGGAAGAAUCAAACCAGAAAUUGCCCUUUGAAGUAGAGAAAAGGUGCGUUCAUGUGUGUUGGGGGGUAUGAUUUUUUUUUCAAUAAAAACACGUUGAAUUACUA